AUGGACAUAUCCAGCAGAGCCGAGAGGAUGAACCUUAGCUGUCUGUGCAAUCUGCUCUUUCGGGCUCUUGCCAAGAUAUUUGCUUCCUCAACCUGUUCACUGAUGAAGACAUUACUCCAGCUAGAUGAGUUUCUACAUCCAUCACCCGUGGUGGCACCUACUGCAGGCAGUGAACUGCCGUGGCUGCCACAGGAUAUCCUGAUGGAUAUCUUUGCCCUCCUUGAGACCCCUGACCUUGUACGUGCAGGAUCAGUCUGUGCCUCGUGGCGCGCCGCCUACACAAGCCUGUGCGCUACUGAACAUUGCAAGCUGCAGCGGACACCGUGCCUCCUGUACACUUCUGAAUCCAUGGGUGAGAGGGCUAUGGGUCUAUACAGCCUCGCUGAGAAGAAGGCAUACACAUUGACUCUCCCGGACCCACCUAUCCGAACUAGGGAGGUCAUUGCUCUUGUCAACCCCAUCACCGGUGAUCAGAUCGCACUGCCAUCGGUCACAACCAUCGAGCAGGUGGAGCCGAUAUUUGAUGAUGCUGGCACCCUUUGUAACUAUGAGUACUUGUGGUACACUGGAGAGGACUGGCUCUAUGAUAAGCCAUCAAUCCUUGAUCUCAGUAAGCUCCGUGAUAAGUUCGACAAGGCCUUUCUAUCUUCAGAUCCAUCCACCGGGGACUACUUCGUGGUGCUGAUCCUGUUAGAUUGA